AUGGGCGUUGAAGCAUUUUGCAAUGACGCCGAAGGCUGGGGUCCUAUCAGCGACGCCCGAACGGACUUGACGCUCUGCGUAGAGAACACCAUCCUUAUAGGGCUUCCCGCCCUCAUGGCGAUCGUUGUCUCCGUCUUCCAGACGUCCCACAUGUGGAGAUCAGGGCAUCCGCACCGCCUUGGUCGUACCAACGUCAUCUAUUGGCCCUCGCAGGCUUUGAUGCUCGGUAGCGCCGUUGCGCUGAUUGUCAGGGCCGCCCUCCUGAAAAACGACGACUACGCACCCGCGACCGUGUUUGGUUCCAUUAUCAUGGCUAUUGCUUGGUUGGCGUCCAUUAUGUUGAAUUAUUUCCAGCACCUGCAGGAAAUCCGGUCAAACAACACUAUCUUCACCCUCUACAUCUUUUCUACAAUCACCUCGGCCAUCACUAUCCGCACCAUGAUUUUGCUCAAGCAAACUGAUCAAGACCAAUUCAAAGCAUUUAUCGCAUUCGUAGCCAUCAACCUUCUUGGUUUCAUUGUCGAGGCCUGGCCUAGAGGACGCACCGAUGUCCAGUGCAGGAGCGGAGGCAACCGGUACGAUAAGGCCAACCUGUUCUCUCGUCUGACUUUCCAAUAUAUGCAGCCUAUUGUCAGUGCAGGAUUCAAAAGGCCUCUGACAUCCAAGGAUAUCGUCAACAUGAUGCCUGAGCGGUCCAAAGCCAAGUUUAGUCACGAUCGCCUCAAUGACAGAUGGCAAGCAAACGUGAACAAGCACCAAGCUCGUGGCACAAAGCCGGAUCUGUUUUGGACCGUGAUGGGGUCCUUUGGAUGGGCUUGGGUCCCCAUGAUGUUCUUUCGCAUCGUAGCGUCGACGUUGACAUACGUCCUCCCUCUGCUCCUGAACGAAAUGCUCUCAUUCAUUGAAUCCUACCAAAGCCCUAAUCCUCAGCCGGUUGCAUUGGGCAUUAUCUUGGCCUGCGGCAUGUUCUUCGCUUCGAUCUUGAAUGCAGUCUGCAUGGAGCAGUUCUUCCGUUCCACCGUUAACGUGAGUGUCGAGGCCAGGACAGCACUUAUAGCCAUGGUAUACCGCAAAUCGCUCAAGCUCUCGGGGGCCUCCAAGCAAAAAUUCACGACCGGUGGGAUCAUCAACCACAUGUCGGUUGAUGCCGAACGAUUUGACAUAUCCUUCCCGUCUGUGCCCAACCUUAUCUCCACACCUUAUGAGAUCUGUAUUGCCAUCUGGAUGCUCUACCAGCAGAUCUCUUGGUCUGUCUUUGUAGGCGUGGCCUUCAUCCUCAUCGCGGGCCCUGUGAAUGGAGCCUUGGCUCGUAUUACUUUCAAGCAACGAUCCGUCAAGAUGGAAGCCACGGAUGAUCGUGUGCGUCUCACGAAUGAGGUGCUGUCGGGUAUGAAAGUCAUAAAGCUGUAUGGCUGGGACGAGUCUUUCCGACAGCGCAUCAAUAUGUAUCGUCGCCGUGAGCUCGUCAGUCUCCGCAAGAUUGGCAUCACCUUUUCCUUCAUGUCGAUCAUGUUCCAGUCCAUACCGUUGCUCGUAUCCCUCGUCUCCUUCGCUGUCUACGCAACUCAUGGAGGACCCAAUUUCGGCCCAGGAGAGAUCACCCCUCAGCGUAUCUUUGUGUCAAUCAGCUUGUUCACCUUGCUCACUACUCCCAUUGCAGCAAUGUCGCGCGUCGUUGGAGAUACAAUUGCACUCAAGGUCUCUGCGAGUCGUAUCCAAAAGUUUCUGCUGGCUAAGGAGCUCUCCGGGACCGCUACUGAGGCGAUCGAGACACUGCCAGAGGAUCCAAGUGUGCCUUUGAUCGAGAUCAAAAAUGGUGUCUUUGCGUGGGACCCAGAAGAACCCGAGGUCGAGACCGAAAAGGAAAAGAGGGCUCGUGAGAGACAAGAGGCCAAGAAGCACAAGCUAAUGGAGAAGGAAGCGCGCCUGGCUGGAAAACGUAUGCCCGAAAAGGAGGUACACAUCGAAAAGGACUACGGACCAACGCUGGUAGACAUCAACCUGGCCAUCGCUCACGGAGAAAUGACCGCCAUUGUCGGAAGAGUUGGACAAGGCAAGACUUCCCUGCUGAAUGCGAUCAUCGGAGAUAUGUACAGGCGCCAGGGAAGCGUGAGGGUUUAUGGAAGACUAGCAUAUGUUCCACAACAGACUUGGAUCAUCAAUGCGACUUUGAAAGACAACAUCAUAUUCGGAAACGCGUUUGACCAGACCCGCUACGACCGCGUCCUCAUGGCUAGCGGUCUUUUACCGGACAUUGCAAUGCUCCCAGCCGGUGAUCAAACUGAGAUUGGCGAGCGUGGAAUCAACCUAUCUGGAGGCCAGAAGCAGCGAGUGUCUUUGGCUCGAGCGGCCUAUGAGGAUGCCGAUGUGUAUCUGUUUGACGAUCCUCUGAGCGCUGUCGAUGCACAUGUCGAUCAGCAUCUCUGGCAGCACUUGAUCGGACCCACUGGCCUACUCAAGGACAAGGCUCGCGUCCUUGUCACCCAUGCCAUUCACCACUUGGAGCAAACUGACCAGGUCAUCGUGAUGAAGGAUGGAAAAAUCGCUGAGCUCGGGAAGUACGAGACCUUGUUAAACGCCAAGAACUCGCUGUACCAACUGAUCAGGGACUUUUCUGUUAAACGAGACGUACCACGCAAGGAGAACGAAGAGAAAGUCGAGAAUAAUGGGGACGAGGACACCAUCCAUGCAGAUGGAACUGAGAGAGAGACCACGCCAGAUGUUAAAGAGGACGACAAGGCCGAGCUGAUCGCAGAGGAGAAGAUGGAAGAGGGAAGCGUAUCAUGGAAUGUAUACAAGAACUAUGCUAAGGCAGCCUCAUACAGAUACUCCUUUUUGGUUAUCUUUCUGUUUGCUUUAGGCCAGGGACUACAGAUUGGAACCAAUAUCUGGCUCGAAUACUGGACAAGUGUUAGCGGAUCAGGUCGCCACACUAUUGGAGAGUUCCUUGGAGUUUAUGCAGCGCUCAUUUUCGCGUACAUGGUUAUCAAUAUCGGCUCAAGCUACAUUGCGAUGGUCAUCGCAGCUCUUCGCGCGUCUGCAGGCUUGCAUGAACGCCUUUCGGCAAAGAUCUUGCGUCUGCCUAUGUCCUUUUUCGACACGACUCCGCUCGGAAGGAUCGUGAACAGAUUUAGUAUGGAUAUCUUUUCGGUGGACGAGGUUGCUCCGUGGAACUUCAUCGAUGUUAUUCUCUGCCUGGAUUCCAUCCUCGGAACUAUGAUCGUCAUUGCGACGACAACUCCUGUUUUCCUGGCUCUAGUUGUUCCAGUGGCUGCCCUAUAUAUCCUCACGCAAACAUUCUACAUGCGGACCAGUCGCCAGCUAAAGCGAAUUGACUCUGUAUCCAGGUCGCCGAUUUAUCAGCACUUUGAGGGAACUUUGUCCGGAGUGACGACGAUCCGCGCACUGAGAGCCAACGAACGCUUCAUUUUCGACAAUGCCGCUAAAACUGAUAUUUCUGCCAACGCCCUGUAUUCCUCUUACAUGAUCAACCGAUGGCUGCAGUUCCGCCUCGAUAGUUUGGGCGCUGUUAUUGUCUUGGGCGCCGCUCUCUCUGCUGUAGUAAGCAGAAACUCUUUGAACUCUGGCAACGUCGGACUUGCCUUGUCCUAUGCGCUCUCGUUCACACAGAUGUCUACCAAUCUCGUUCGCAGCUACUGCAAUCUACAAAAUCAACUGGUCGCUGUUGAGAGAAUUGAGGAGUACGCUAACAAGAACACCGAAGCUCCCGCGGAGACGGACGUCAUUUUGCCUGAGGGCUGGCCUCAAGCUGGCCAUGUUGAAUUCAGGAACUAUUCCGCCCGCUACCGCCAGGGUCUUGACUUGGUCGUCAAGAACGUGUCAUUUGAGGUGCAGCCCGCCGAGAAAGUAGGCAUCUGUGGGCGAACUGGAGCGGGUAAAUCCUCCUUGACGCUAGCUCUCUUUCGCAUCAUUGAGGCGGCCAAUAGUCAUUGGGCCAAGGCUAGCGAUAACGGCGCUGAUAUGGAUGCUGACCCAACAAAAGCGACCAGGACUAACGAUCUGGAAAACAUCGAGGUCGAGGAGGAUGGAGGUUCAAUUUGGGUGGACGGCGUGGAUAUUUCGACGGUCGGACUCAGUCGUCUUCGCCAGCAUUUGGCCAUCAUCCCUCAAGACCCAAUAUUGUUUCAAGGAACUUUGCGCGAGAACUUGGAUCCUUUUGAAGAGUUGCAAGAUGCAGAGCUAUGGGAGGCCUUGGAACGUGCUCAUUUGAAAGAACAUAUCUCGACGCUACCUGGUGGACUCUCCUUCAAGGUCUCUCAGAAUGGAGACAACUUCUCUGUUGGCCAGCGUUCAUUAAUCUGCCUUGCUCGAGCCCUCCUCCGGAAAUCCAAGGUUCUCCUCCUCGAUGAGGCCACUGCUGCCGUAGAUGUUGAGACGGACGAGCUGAUCCAAGCAACCAUCCGUAAAGAAUUCAAGGAUCGCACGACCUUAACCAUUGCCCAUCGCAUCAAGACUAUUAUGGACUCAGAUAAGAUUCUGGUCUUGGAGAAGGGUCGCGUAGAAGAAUUCGAGUCCCCUCAAGCACUUUUGCGACGUCCCAACUCUUUAUUCUACCAGCUUGCUCGGCAGGCAGGUGAAAUCUAG